UUGAAGGUGCUAUUGGACAGUCUAUGAACAGAGCAGACAAACAAUGAAGGCUGUUGUGAUUAGCGAACCUGGCGAGGCUGAAGUUCUUCAAUUGCAGGAGGUUGAUGACCCAAUAAUCAAUGAGGAUGAAGUUCUGAUCAAGGUUGAAGCCACUGCCCUGAACCGGGCCGACACCUUACAGAGGAAAGGCUUCUAUCCCGCCCCCAAGGGCUCCAGUCCCUACCUCGGCCUCGAAUGCUCUGGGAUCAUCCAAGCUCUUGGCAAAAACGUUUCCCGCUGGAAAGUUGGCGAUCAGGUAUGUGCUCUUCUUUCUGGAGGCGGAUAUGCUGAGAAAGUGGCUGUCCCAGCUGGGCAAUUACUUCCCAUUCCGCCUGGUGUUUCCUUGAAGGAUGCUGCUAGUCUUCCGGAGGUGGCUUGCACCGUUUGGUCCACUGUGUUUAUGACAAGUCGAUUAUCGAGAGGAGAGACAUUGUUGGUUCAUGGAGGCUCAAGUGGAAUUGGUACUUUUGCUAUUCAGAUAGCUAAAUAUCAAGGAGCAAAAGUAUUCGUUACUGCAGGUAGUGAAGAGAAAUUAGCUGUCUGCAAAGACCUUGGAGCAGAUGUGUGCAUCAAUUAUAAAACUGAAGAUUUUGUUGCACGAGUUAAAGAAGAAACUGAUGGAAAAGGUGUGGAUGUUAUUCUUGAUAGUGUUGGAGCCUCUUACUUUCAGCGCAACCUUGAAAGUUUAAACUUAGAUGGUAGGCUUUUUAUUAUUGGAACCAUGGGGGGAGCAGUAACACAGCUCGAUAUUCGCAGUUUGUUUGCGAAACGCGCCACUGUGCAGGCUGCUGGCUUGCGGACCCGAUCUCUUGAAAACAAAGCAGUCAUUGUGAGUGAAGUUGAGAAGAUAGUCUGGCCAGCCAUUGCAGCAGGCAAGGUGAAGCCUGUGAUCUUCAAGUAUCUUCCAUUGUCACAAGCAGCAGAAGCUCACCAGUUAAUGGAGAGUAGCAAGCAUAUUGGAAAGAUACUGCUGACUCCAUGAUAGACAUGGAUUGUCGAAAGACCUAGGGGCCGGGUGAAGACAUGAUUGGUGAUUUUUAAGUUGUGGAAGAAGUUCAGUUUUAUCUUGUUCGGGUUUCUGGCUUUGUUGUAGGUCUUCCAAAUUUGGCAGUAAUAAAACAGUGUACUGUGUUAGUUACUUUUUCGUUAAUUGCUUACUUCUUUUAGCCAAGUCUUGUCUGAUGAUGGUACAAAUAGAAACAUUGUCACCCCUAAAAAGUUCAAUAAAUGAAUGUAAAUCAUUUGAAAUUUAAGAAAUGAUUUCAAA